CCAUAGCUGCGUGUUUCCACACGGAGACCCAGCACUGCUGCACCGGGUGUAACCAGCGAGCUAACAUUAGGCUAGUUAGAUGUAGCUAGCUAGCUAUAGAUAUUUGUGGGUGUACGCAGCUUUAGAAUGAACCUUAUACACGCAAAUAUUGAGGGACAGCAAUAAAACGUGUUGCUGUCACUUCGUUUUAAAGUCGCACUGUUGUUGCCGUCGACGUCUUCGGUCUGUUUGUUUGCCCCAUUAGCUGCCUUGUGUUGGUCUGUUAGCCUCCUCAGCUAGCCAGUGUCGUAUGGGUAUCAGAGUUAGCAGUGACUUCACCCGGCUGCUGGUUGCCUGAUCUUUCAUUUUGGACACGUCAAGGUCCCUCCAGUCUGUAGCUUAAGUUUAGGGGGUGUGAUGUCAGAAGCCAAGACCCCCACUCCCACCCCUCCUGGAGACACAUACAAAGGAUGGGUGUUCAAGUGGACAAAUUACAUCAAGGGUUAUCAGCGGAGGUGGUUUGUGCUGAGCAAUGGGCUGCUGUCAUACUACAGGACCCAGGCAGAGAUGGGUCACACGUGUCGGGGCACCAUCAACUUGGCUACAGCUACUAUCACUGUGGAUGAUGCCUGCAACUUUGUCAUCUCCAAUGGAGGGGCACAAACAUAUCACCUCAAGGCCAGCUGUGAGGUGGAACGUCAGCGAUGGAUCACUGCCCUGGAGCUGGCCAAAGCCAAGGCUGUCCGCAUGCAGGCAGAGUCAGAUGACUCGGGCGAUGACUUCCCUUCAUCGUCACCACGCAUCACACAAGGUGGUGGGUCACAAAAUUCAGAAGUCCAGUCUGCUCUCAGAACCCUGAGCAACAAAGUGGAGGAUCUGAGCACCUGCAACGAUCUGAUCUCAAAGCAUGGCUCUGCCCUCCAGAGGUCAUUAGCAGAACUGGAUGGUUUACGUCUGACUGGAGAGGCUGGGGAUAAGAUUCGCCAAGUCACAGAAAGAGCCACUCUGUUUCGCAUCACCUCUAACGCCAUGAUCAAUGCGUGCCGAGACUUCUUGACGCUGGCACAAACUCACAGCAAGCGAUGGCAAAAGGCCCUGCAGGCUGAGCGGGAGCAGAGAGUGCGGCUGGAGGAGACUUUAGAGCAACUGGCCAAACAGCACAAUCACCUCGAGCGAGCAUUCAGAGGAGCCGCACAGGCUAAUGCUAGUCCAGACAAUAAAGGUGCUGCGGGGCCAGGAAAAGGUGAGGCCAGUGAUGAGGAUGAUGACAAUGAGUUCUUUGAUGCCAUGGAAGAAGCCCCCGAGUUUAUCACUGUACCUGCGGACCCCCAGUUUCACAAAAGGUCAAGCAGUAAUAUCAGCGGCCUCAAUAGUGAAUUGUGUGCAGAUGAUCAGUCGCUUAACGAGGAGCCUCUUGCGAUGAACCAGGAGUCCCCCUCCCAGGAGCUGGUACCCUUAAAGAAGAGGCGGACACGCAUCCCAGACAAACCAAACUACUCCCUCAACCUUUGGAGCAUCAUGAAAAACUGCAUCGGCAAAGAGCUGUCUAAGAUCCCGAUGCCUGUUAAUUUCAAUGAGCCCAUCUCCAUGCUGCAGCGGUUGUCUGAGGACCUCGAGUACCACGAGUUGCUGGAUAAGGCCGCAAAGUGUCAGAACUCUUUGGAGCAGAUGUGCUACGUGGCCGCCUUCGCAGUGUCUGCCUACUCCACCACAGUCUACCGCACGGGAAAGCCUUUCAACCCUCUGCUGGGAGAAACGUAUGAGCUGGACCGCAAGAGAGAAAGUGGCUACCGCUCCCUAUGUGAGCAGGUGAGUCACCACCCACCUGCUGCUGCACAUCAUGCUAUCUCUGAUCGUGGCUGGACGUUGAGACAAGAAAUCACAGUUGCGAGCAAGUUCAGGGGGAAAUACCUCUCCAUUAUGCCUUUGGGCACAAUUCAUGCAGUCUUUGAGAAGAGCAAUAAUCACUACACAUGGAAGAAAGUUAACACCACGGUGCACAACAUCAUUGUCGGAAAACUUUGGAUCGAUCAGUCUGGUGAGAUAGACGUAGUAAACCACACCACCGGAGACCGCUGCCACUUAAAGUUUGCUCCUUACAGCUACUUCUCCAGAGAUGUAGCCAGAAAGGUUACAGGUGUGGUAAUGGAUAAAGAUGGAAAGGCACACUACGUGCUGUCGGGCACAUGGGACGAGAAGAUGGAGUUCUCCAAGGUGAUGCAGAGCAGCCGAGGAGGCGAGAACGGCACUGAGGGCAAACAGAAGACGGUCUAUCAGACCCUUAAAGCCAGAGAGUUGUGGAGAAGAAACCCUUUACCCGAUGGAGCAGAAACCAUGUACUACUUUACUGCCUUGGCCUUGACCCUGAACGAGCCUGAAGAGGGCGUGGCUCCCACAGACAGCCGACGGCGGCCUGACCAGCGCUUAAUGGAGGAAGGUCGCUGGGACGAGGCCAAUGCCGAGAAGCAGCGGCUGGAGGAGAAGCAGCGCACCGCCCGCCGUGAACGAGAGAGGGAGGCCGCAAGCCAACGCACCUCGAGUCAAUCAGAAGAAGCUGUCGAUGAGGACUCUGUUACCGAUCCCUCCUUGAAAGGCGCACCUCAUGACAGCUAUCUUGCACUUUGGUUCGAGCGCUGCGAGGACCCAAUCACAGGUGAGGAGAUUCACAUCUAUAAGGGAGGCUACUGGGAAGCUAAGGAGCGCGGGAGCUGGGAGAGCUGUCCCAACAUCUUUUGAUCUUGGCAUUGACUGCAAAGUGCCGUGAAGAGACACCAUCAAAGGCCUGCUGUUCCCCUUCUCUGACGGCUGCUCCCCUCCAGUUGCUCUCUGUUCUAAGAGAUCUCCAGGACGGUCACUGCUGUCUGAUCCACAGGGAGAGCAGGGUUUUCUCUCCCUCGUCCCAUAUUUGGUUUCCCCCUCGUUGCUGUCACAUAUCUGAGAGGACUGGAAUGAAAAUUUCUUUGCUGUUUGGGUGCUUUUGUGGUUUUUUUUUUUUUUUUUUGUUUCUUUUUCUUUUGUCCCGCUGAGCAUGAGUGGGAGGAUGUGAAACGAGCAGUGCUUCCAAAUCAAGUUUGCUCAGUCUUUUCAGAUCAAGAGUGUUUGAUUGAGGUGAUUCGGGUUUUAUUUUUUGUUUCUUGUUUUUCCUGUUGUCACCCAUAGCAUUAUCUGCUUUGGUAAUAACUCUAGAAAAAAAAAUAAAGGGGGGGGGAUAAAACCUGAUUAAUAUAUACAUUUAUAUACAGGUAUGAUUAAAAGUAAUUUUCAUUAAACUGUCAACUGGUGGCCUUCAAGACAUUAGCAAGUUUUCUUUUGUUAAUCUCUGAUUUAGUGUCUUAACGUAAUGAAGUGAAAGUUGUAGCGUGCUCGUAUGUAUGACUGCUUAUCUGCUCUUCCAUCACUUUACAACAGGGCCACUGUGCAGUGUGCUUUAAAAAAAGAUGACCUUUCACACUAUCACGUUUAUAAUUAGGUUAUUUUUCUUUACCAAGGCCUAGUGGGAAGUAUGACAGUGAAAAUUGUAGUGUGGCAAGGCCUAAAAAAACAAACCUUUCUUUGCCUUAGAAAUGAAGAACCUGCACUUGUUGUUGCAAAUUGUCUCACAUAACUGUUUACCUUAAUAAUAAAUAAUAAAACUACCCCUUUUUUUCCCCCCACAAUGCUGGAAUAAUAUUUUGACAUUUUUGUUAAUCAAGUGAACGGUAACCAAAUUUACUGUAAAAAAACAAAACAAAAAACAAAACAAAAAAAUGGUUUUAAAUAGUGCAGGAUACUUGCUGUGCUCUUGUAUUGACUGUAAAACAGACAAAUGAGUGAAGAAAACAUUAAAAAAAAUACAUGUUCAUACAUAUGCAACUACAUGUUGACACCAAAAACACAGGAUAUAUGUAUGUGUGUGUGCGUGUGUGUGCGUGCGUGCAUUUCAUAAUUUUGUUUGUAAGUGUACUUAAAAAGUGAAGAAUAAAGAAUUGAAAAUCAUUGCAAAUAACUGAUUUUAUAAAUGUAUAGAAAUUCAUAUUGUAGUAGUAAGGUAGACUUUUUUUUUCCCUUGUAUUUUUGGUUCCUCAUAAUAUUGGUAGGCUGUCUUCAUUUUCCAAAAAAAGGGAGUUUCAGUACUUGACUCAGAUGGGCGAGGGACGUGGCAUUGUUCAGUAUUUUGUAUUAACAAAGAGAAAAACUGAAAUAAAUGCUCUAAUGUCAAA